AGCAGAUUUGACUUUCAACAGUUCCCUUCUAGGCGUCCCAGCCAUAAUGAUUGUGCUCCUUCCAAACACCACCCACAAUACCAUGGUCGCUACAAAUAUGCUAGCUAUGCCGUCUGGAACAUCGGACUAUAAGAACCCUACCAACCUUGGUAUAAACUGCCCACCUACAUGGCGGCCGCUUUAUGCAGAUAUCCCUGGGCUCAGUUCCUUCCAGUGAAUGAUUACCCAAAGGCAGAAAACCGCCCAGAAGUUGAGAGAACAACCAAGACUACCUUCACGGCUCAAAGUGAUUACACUACCAUGUUAGGACACACUACCAUAUUUGAACAGGAACUUCAUACUCAGAUGGUUGGUCCACUCGAGGACCCGAACAUACCACUAGUCACUAUAACUAUCCUGCAUGUCAUGAUAGGCGCCUUUUUAGGUUCAUCGAGCUUCUACUUUGGGGAUCGAAUUCAAGAAGAUGCCAGGCGCGACUAGGCUGCCGAGGUUUUGGCACCAAAUCCCCCUACACCCUCUGGUUAUGUUCCAAUUAUCUUGACCAGACCUAUCCAUGGCGUCGUCGCCUUCUCGAAGCUGUGAUCUAGUAUGCAAUCACCAACGUGUCUGAAGUUAUGGGAACAUGCCAUCUGCCGCAUGUGGCUCAUAUAGUUUGCAUUGUGAGGCCUGCUUUUGGAAGGCAAUGUCUAAAGGAAACAGUUUUACGAAGUUGGACAGGACGUUUCUACCUCAGCCUAUUUACCCAUACUAAUCAAAAAUCGAACCGGACCACGACUGCUCGGGUUGCGCAUACCUCACUUUCCGAAUCAAGUUGGUCGACUCGGAUCGACCU